AUGGCGUCAGGUCUGAUGCAGAGCUACUACAGGUGGGCAAAUGCCACGGAGGCCAAGGUGCUAGACUGGGUCGACCCUGAGGGAGGCUGGAAAGCUCACCCCAUGACACACUACCCACUGGCAGACUUCGCCAGCGUCUUUGCUAUUUGCGUCGCCUACGUCCUGUUUGUCGUGUUUGGAUCGGCUCUCAUGAAGCAAGGCAUCCCUACGAUCAAAACUGGUUCAAUCCAGUUCAUCUACAAUCCCAUCCAGGUUAUUGUGUGCUCCUACAUGUUCAUGGAGACGGCCAUCCAGGCCUACCGUAACGCCGACGACCCCGUAAUGGGCAACGUGCUCUACUUUUUCUAUUUGUCCAAGAUGCUCGAUCUGUGUAAUACUGUUUUCAUCGUUGUGGGCAAGAAGUGGCGACAACUGUCGUUCCUGCACGUGUACCACCAUCUCUCGGUGCUGAUCAUUUACUACAUCGUCUUCCGCGUGGCGCAGGACGGCGACUCUUACGCGUCGGUGGUGCUCAAUGGCUUCGUACACACCAUCAUGUACACGUACUACUUUGUGAGCGCGCACACCCGCGAUAUCUGGUGGAAGCGGUACUUGACAAUGAUCCAGCUCAUCCAGUUCGUGACCAUGAAUGUGCAGGGCUACUUCAUGUACUCUCGCCGCUGCCCAGGUAUGCCGCCGAUGAUCCCGCUCAUCUAUUUGGUGUACGUGCAGUCGCUGUUCUGGCAAAGGUAUGACACAUGA